CCAAGUGGUGUGAACAAUAGGGAUGGCUCUACAGCCUGCAGAUACCGCUGUGUGUGAACACCUGCCCUGCUUCAUCUUGAUCAUUCAUUCCCAUUUGUGCCAUGAACCUGUGGGUUCUAUCUGCAUCAUGGCUUUCCUCUAGUGCCCUAUGGUGCCACCCCUGGUUCCCAUUGUACAGACCAGUGGAUGACUUUGCCCACCCUUCAGAUGGGGAGACAAUGCAGAGGCUGGCACCAGUCUCCAUGCAUUAGGCCAGUGGCACGGAUCGGUGACAGUAGGUGAGGGCAGCGCAGGUGCCAGGGACCGUGCCCCCCGCAGGAGGCGGAGCGGCUCUCGCGAUGCUUGGUCCCCGGCGCUGGUGACAGUGUCGGCGGCGAGAGAGCAGCAGUAAGGCGGCACACACUGCAGGAGCGGCUGCGGGAGGGAGGAGGAGGAGGCGCCGGGAGGAAGGAAGGGGAAAUGCUGCGCUCAUCACUGCCGCUACACGGCUCCACACCGCGGCUCGUCCUCCAGUGCUGACCGGACCACAGCUCCACAGACAAUAGAGAAGUCACCCCCGGAGCAGACGGGCAUCUGCUACAGCAGCACAGCCUCCUCCACCGCUGCCCGGCGCCCCUAUUCUCCCCGCCGAGACCCCCACACAACUGACACCCUAUACGACCAGCAGGAAACUUUAAAGGAGCACCCCGAGUCCACAUAAAUGGUGGAUGCGAUUGUGGAGUUUGACUACAAGGCUCAGCAUGAUGAUGAGCUGACUAUAGUGGCGGGUGACAUCAUCACCAAAAUCAAAAAAGAAGAUGGAGGUUGGUGGGAAGGAGAGUUGAAAGGAAGGAGAGGGCUCUUCCCUGACAACUUUGUAAGAGAACUAAAGAAAGACAUUAAGAAAGACGUUAGCAGUAAACCACCAGACAGACCUAACCAGACCCUAUCUAAUGGCAGUGCCCUCCUUUCAAGUGAACCAGUGGUCCGUGGGUCCGGAAGAGGUGAAAGAACGAGGCGGAGAAGAUGCCAAGUGGCCUUUAGUUAUAUACCACAAAAUGAAGAUGAACUCGAACUCAAAGUUGGAGAGAUCAUUGAAGUUCUUGGAGAAGUGGAAGAAGGUUGGUGGGAAGGAGUACUCAAUGGAAAGACCGGCAUGUUCCCUUCCAAUUUUAUCAAAGAGCUUGUGACUGAAACUGAAAUUGGAGGAAAUUUUGAAGAACACCAGAUAAAGCAAGGAUUUAAAGAUACUGUCGGCUCCGAGAGUGAUGGGGGUGACUCCAAGUCAGAAGGGACUAAUGGAACAAGUGGAGCAGAAACCCAUGCGAAAAAGAUCAGGGGAUUUGGCUUUGGGGAUAUUUUCAAAGACAAACCAAUUAAACUGAGACCAAGGUCAAUGGAAAUGGAAAAUGACAUUGCUGCAGUAGAAAAGACAAUGGGGAAAAAGGUUCCACCAACAAUGGCAUCUCAAGAAUCCCUAAAGAUGGAAGCAGAAAACAAAUCGAAAACCAAGGAGUAUUGUAAAGUUCUCUUUCCAUAUGAAGCGCUCAAUGAAGACGAAUUGACAAUCAGAGAAGGUGAUAUUGUGCUUGUCGUCAACAAGGACUGUGUAGAUGUGGGCUGGUGGGAAGGAGAGAUAAACGGCAGAAGAGGAGUGUUUCCCGAUAACUUUGUGAAGCUACUUCCUCCUGAUUAUGAGAAGGAAAUCCAUAGACCUAAGAAGCCACCUCCUCCUUCAGCUCCAGUAGCCAAGCCAGGAACAGUGGGUGUAUCAGACAGAAAGCAAGACAUAAGGAAAAUUCCUCCAGAAAGGCCUGAAACCCUCCCACACAGACCAGAUGAGAAGGAUAGGUCCGAUAGAGAUCACAAAGGGGAUAGUUUACUAAAGCACUGCGUACCCGCUAUACCUCCAAAGAAGCCCCGGCCGCCCAAGACUAGUUUUUCUAGUAAAUCUGGCACACUUCCUCCUCGGAGGCCAGAGAGACCAGCAGGACCUGUAACACAUGCACGGAGCGACAGUCCAAAGGCAGAGGUGGGAAUCAGCACAGUAUCCAGCACUCCUGACAGAGACUCGUCAGAUAAAAGCAAUGACAUUGAUGUUGAAGGCUUUGAUGCACUUGUAUCAACUGGAGAGAAACUUAGUCAUCCUACUGCCUCAAGACCUAAAUCCAGCGGGAGACGUCCACCUUCUCAGUCUUUGACAUCGUCUUCCCUUUCUAGUCCCGAUUUCUUCGACUCUCCGAGUCCAGAAGAUGACAAGGAUGAAAUUAAUCACCUGUCACAGAGAACAAUAGACCCAUCCAAGAAAACUCCUCGUAGUGUUACAUCACAGGUGCCAGAUAACAGAGCUGCAUUGCCCCCCAAACCUGGAGGCUUGAUUUCAAGUGUUAGUUUCUCCCAUGGCGCUCCUGGAGCCCCAUCAGCAUUCCACUCUGUCACUUCUAGUAGUCACAGAUCAAACUCUCCGUCCUCUGGUAGCUCCGAUGCAAGACACAAGUUGGAACAUGGCCAGUUAUCACUAGAAGAGCUGCAGACACAAGUCAAGGAUCUUAGGAGCAUCAUUGAGACAAUGAAGGACCAGCAAAAAAAAGAAAUAAAACAAUUACUCUCCGAGCUGGAUGAAGAGAAGAAGAUUCGUCUACGAUUGCAGAUGGAUGUCAAUGACAUUAAGAAAUCUCUACAAUCCAAAUGAAAACAGAAUGAAUACAUCAUAACCCAUAUCUUGGAGUCCUAGAAUCACAAACUUUUCUUCCCUCCUAGGCCAAAAUAUUUUUGGUGCCAAAUGAUCUAAAAUUUGCCUCAAACGCGACAAGCACAACAGCAGUUCAACCUACCAAGGAUACCUUGGUGACUUUUCUAGUGCCCACGCAAAUGUAUAUCGGUGGACUCAACGUUGUGCUCAAGUGUUCCUCCUUAAAACUGCGCAUGAAGGAAACUCAGGCAGUUUUACUUCAGAGUGGUACUUUUUUAUGAUUUUUUUCCAUGAAUAAAGUGUAUUUCCAAUUGUCUGUUUACAAGCUUUACAAUUUUUUUUUUAUUACGUUUUUAUCUCUGAUUUCUCAGAUUUCUGAAUUAUCUGUGCAGCUGAGCGACCUUUUUUGUCCUUUCUGUUAACUUCUGAGACCUACUGUAUGAAGUUGAAUCUCUGACUAGGACUCGAAGCGUACAUAUGCAAAGUACUGUUCAUACAAUGUGAUAAAAUGGUUUUCUUUUCACUGUACUUUACGAAUGUGUACCUUAGGACAGGAAAGUAUGAUUUGUGCCUUUUUUCUUAUUUUCACCUAGAAACACAUUUAAUGAUACUGCAGCCCCAACUACUUUAGUAAUAAAUCAGGCCAGAGGAAGCGUAAUCUACUUGUAGGGCAAGGCAUGCCCUUCUCCAGAUGUCACCGGAAAUAAGAGGUUAAUAUAACUUUUCUUAUAACGUAAAAUGCAAUAAAAUAACUUAUUUUCAAAAUGAAUUCAGAUCAAAGGUUACAUUUAUUUUAGAGACAGACGUAGAUUAAAAAUAAAGAAAAAGUAUAACCAACCUGCUAAGAACCAGGCGGCCAGGCAGAAUAUUUGGUCCCUUCUUGUAUGCGAUUCUAAAUAGAAGGUAUGGACACCAUGAGGAUUCAGCAUCGUAAAUGUAUUUACCAAUAGGGUUCUGGAUUAGUUUACAUUUACACUUUCCAAGUAGAUAAAUAGUAAGGAAUAAUGAAGUAAAAGUGGUGAUUGUGAAAGCCAAGGUGUUCUUUGUUUACAAGCAGCUGAGACUUCUGAAUUUCACUUUGGUGGUGAUAUUUGGUACUGCGUGCAGCUUAUUUGAUGCCACUGGAUAAAGUACAACAGAGACCUCUAGUGGUACAAAUUCUAAAAGACACUUUAUAUGAAUGACUAUAUUUUUAAUUUUAUGGUGCACAAAUAUUUAAAUGAAAAACAGCAAUAUAGAUAUAUACAUAUUGAUAUCAGACAUUUAUAUAGUAACAUGUAGAACAAAGCCCACUUCGUUGUAAUAACUGCACACUGGCAAUGAUUAUUCUUAAAGAAGCCUCCUUUUUUUUUGGAUGUGACCAUUUAAAGUAUUACUAGUGUUACCAUCAUAAUCUGUGGGUGCACUAAUACAGAUAGAAGCCUCUUGAAUUAUUGAAAGUGGCAAAAAUCUAUAAAAUGUAAUUUUCCCAAUAGUUUGAGUAAAUGCUCAUAAGAGACUAUGGAGAGGUACAGUAAAAUUCCCAUGUGUAUUUGUCCAUUCUCAAUAAGCUGCACCCCAUUUGGGUCUGGGACAAACACCAAGAGAAAUCUGGGUGCUUGAGUAUUAUGUAUGUAUAUAUACAAUAAAAUUCCUCUGAUAGGACUUGAGAGAUGACAGAUUGCCUUGUACACUGGACUAUUAAACUGGCUGUACAUUUUAGAUAGGUGUUGGCCAUGACAGCUAUUUCUCCCGACUCCCAUAUACCCAUAUAUAUUUGGUCAUGCGUGUAUUCUGAAUGGUGGGAAAGCUGCUGCCAGACAUCUCUGGCAGGGGCUUAUCUCUCAUAGGAAAAAAAAAGAUCAGGCAUAUUAAAGGGGUACUUUUUUUUUUUUU